AUGUCGACAGACUACACUUAUGACGAGCAGGGUCAAUUCUUCCCGUUCUUCAUCCUGACCCUCACCGGCCUCGUCACUCUUCCUCUCACAUACAACCUCCUCAAACCCACCAAGAACCUCGAAAACACCGCACCACGGAUAAAGUCGGAUUUCACCCCUGAACAUGCCGAUCUCAUCGAGGCCCAGAAGCGCAAACGCCUGCGCAAGGAAUACCGGGUGAAGCGUAUCAUCACCGUGAUCCUCGGGUAUGCGGUGAUGGCAUGGAUGGUUUACUUAAUCAUCGUUACUGCCAGAUCGACUCCCAAGAUUUGGGAUCCAUAUGACAUUUUGGGUAUUUCAAGGAGUGCCAACGAAAAAGCAAUUUCGAGACACUACAAGCGUCUUUCUCUCAUCUACCACCCUGACAAGAUCCGACCUGAUCCCUCCAAGAACGAGACCAUCGAAACGCUUAACGAGCGAUUCGUCGAGUUGACCAAAGCUUACAAGGCGCUGACCGAUGAAGAAAUCCGUAACAACUACAUUCAGUACGGACACCCGGACGGCAAGCAGAGCUUCAGCAUUGGUAUUGCUCUUCCGAAGCUUAUUGUCACCGAGGGAUACGGAAAGUAUGUUCUGCUGGUUUACGGAGGUCUGCUUGGUGUGCUUCUGCCGUACAUCGUUGGAAAAUGGUGGUAUGGUUCUCAGCGGUACACCAAGGAGCGCGUUCUCGUCGCCAGUGCGGGCAACAUGUUCCGGGAAUACAAGGAUGAUAUCACCGAUGGCGGCAUUGUGAACGCGUUAUCUUCGGGAGCAGAAUUCACUGAGACGCUCAAGGGAUCUCGGGCAGAUGCUGGCCUUGGGAAGCUUGAGAAAUUGGUUUUGGCUGAAGGUUCUACGUUCCUCUCCUCUCAGGACCGGGAAGCUAUCAAGCAGAUGGAUGAGUCUAGCCGAAGAAAGGCGCUCGCUUUGUUGUGGGCGUACUUGGGCCGUGUCGACUUGGAAGAUGCCUCUCUUAACGGUGAAAAAUACGAAGUCGCCCCUAUUGCGCUGUCUCUGAAUGAAUCAUUCCGCGCCAUCGCACUCGCUUUCGGCAACCUUCGUCCUAUGUUGAGCGCUUUCCGCACCUCGCAACAUCUAAUCCAGGCCAUUGCUCCAGGCGCAUCGCCGCUUUUGCAACUUCCUCACUUUACUGAUGAUGUUGUGAAGUCUGUCGAAGGAACUGACGCCAACGACCAUCUCACUGUUCAGAAGUUCAUGGACCUCAGCGAGGAGAAGCGGCGCAGUCUCACAGUUGGCACUGGUCUUUUGUCGCAACAGCAGUAUGAUACCGCGAUCCAGGUCGCCAAGCAACUCCCUGUUCUUGAAGUCUCCAGGGCCUUCUUCAAGGUUAUGGGCGAGAAGUUUAUCACCCCCAGCAGCUUGGUGCAGCUGGUUGUCAAGGGACGAUUUGUCCCCCCUGGCCACGCAAACGUUCCCGAAGUUAAUCCCGAAGAUCUUGAGGACGUCGACCCGGACGAGGACGAUCUCGACGCUCUUAUGGGCCGGAAACCCGCCAAGAACAAGGCCAACGGAGGAAAAACCGACAAGCUCGAGCCUGUGCAGCCCCCCCUGGCUCACGCGCCGUACUUCGCCCGCGAUCACUCGCCCCGGUGGCACAUCUUCCUGGCUGAUUCCAAGCAAGGCAAGAUGGCCGUGCCUCCUUUCACCUUCACUACUUUUGAUAAGCCGAUCGUCGAUGAGGCCGGCAACCCGACUUUCGACAUGCAAACUCUGAAGAUGCAGUUCCAGGCACCUCCUGGGGUUGGAGCGUUCACUUUUGUGAUGCACAUGACCUGCGAUAGCUACAUCGGCCUUGACAUGAAGCAGGAGAUCACACUGCAUGUCGAGGACCCGGCUAAGGCUGCUGCUCUUGGGGAGGAGGAUGACAUUAGUGAACCGGAUGAGGACUCGAUUGCCGGACAGAUGCAGGCUUUGAAGACAGGCCAGCCACCCAAGAAGGCGAGGAAGCCGUCUGACUCUAGCGAAGAGGACGAGAGUGAUACCGACGGGGAUGCGGGUGGUGAUACCAGCGAUACCAACACCGAGACUGAUGUGGAUGAUUGA